CCGACACACCAUCGAUUUGGUUGAGGGUGUUGUUCCUCCAAAGGGCUAUGUGUAUCGAAUGGGACCCGACGAGUUGGAGGAACUCCGGCGGCAGAUCGAUGAAAUGAUCGAUAAAGGGUGGAUCAAGSCUAGUGAGUCAGAAUUUGGUGCUCCUGUUUUGUUUGUGUCUAAAAAGGGAGGCAACCUCCGCAUGUGUAUUGAUUACCGUGGUCUAAACCGCAUCGCAAGAAAGAACGUCUACCCUUUGCCCCGCAUAGAUGACCUGCUUGACGUCGCGGGUGGGUGCAAGGUCUUCUCCAAGAUCGAUCUCAAGUCCGGCUACCACGAGAUUGAAGUCGAUCCUGCGGACCAGCACAAGACCGUGUUCAAAACACGCGACAGGCUUUAUGAGUUCACCGUAAUGCCCUUCGGUCUCAUGAACGCACCAUCCACUUUCCAAAGCCUCAUGGACAAGGUCCUCCGCGGACAGAUUGACCGGUUUGUGGUAGUGUACCUGGAUGAUAUUCUGAUCUUCAGCAAGUCCAUGGAGGAACACCUCAAGCAUCUUAAGGAGGUGCUCGCUAUCCUCAAGAAGACGCAACGCCAUCUCAACUUUGAGAAAUCCGAGUUUGGGAAGGAUAGCGUCAUCUAUCUUGGGCAUCGGUUGUCUGCUGCAGGCCUAGAGCCUGAGGCAACCAAGAUUGAGGUCAUACGCGAUUGGCCUCAGCCUACGAACAUUCGCGAAUUGCGUUCUUUCCUUGGUCUCGCGUCGUAUUAUCGGAAGUUUGUACCAAGUUUUUCUAUCAUUGUUCGUCCAUUGUCGUGACUAACCAGUAAAAAUGUGCCUUAUUC